GAAACGACCUCUAGACCAUAACCAUAAACUGUGUACAUCAGAAAGCUAAAGCAGCCACUAUGAAGAUUGAUAUCCAUAAUCACAUUUUACCAAAGGAAUGGCCUGAUCUUAAGCAGAAAUACGGAUACGGUGGGUUUGUCCACUUACAUCAUCAUUCCAAAGGUGAAGCCAAAAUGAUGAAAGAGGGGAAGGUUUUCCGUGUGAUCCAGGAGAACUGCUGGGAACCAAAUGUGCGAAUUCAGGACAUGGAUAAGUCUGGAGUGACUGUCCAGGUGCUGUCCACAGUACCCGUCAUGUUCAGCUACUGGGCUAAACCAGAGGACACAAUGGACCUCUGCCGUAUCCUGAAUGAUGAUCUGGCAGGUGUAGUGCAACGCUACCCGCACCGUUUUGUGGGCUUGGGCACACUCCCUAUGCAGGCACCACAGCUGGCUGUAGAAGAGAUGUGCCGCUGUGUCCAUGAACUGGGUUUCCCUGGUGUGCAGAUUGGCUCUCACAUCAACUCCUGGGACCUCAGUGCCCCAGAGCUGCACCCUGUCUAUGCUGCUGCUGAAGAACUGAACUGCUGCCUGUUUGUGCACCCAUGGGACAUGCAGACAGAUGGCAGAAUGGCUAAAUAUUGGCUCCCCUGGUUGGUAGGGAUGCCAUUAGAGACGACAACGGCCAUCUGCUCUAUGAUCUUCGGCGGUAUCUUUGAGAAAUUCCCAAAACUGAAGGUGUGCUUUGCUCAUGGAGGUGGUGCUUUUCCAUACACCGUGGGCCGAAUUGAGCACGGAUUCCAGGUCCGGCCAGAUUUGUGCGCAGUGGAUUGUAAAAUCAAUCCACGGAGAUACCUGGGCUCGUUCUAUACUGACUCCCUGGUCCAUGAUCCAUUGGCCCUGAAGCUUCUGGUUGAAGUGAUUGGACAGGAUAAGGUCAUGCUGGGAACAGACUACCCAUUCCCACUGGGUGAACUGGAACCAGGGUCUCUAAUAGAGUCAAUGGAUCAGUUUGACCAUACUUUAAAGGAGAAACUUCUUUCAGAUAAUGCUCUUGAGUUCUUGGGUCUUCCAAGGACACAGUUUGAGCGGCCUGCAUGAUCAUCAUCAGGAGUAACGUGUGGAAAAAAUCAAGUCAGGAAAUCAACAAAAUAAAAAAAUAACAAUGUAAUUUUGUCAAAGUUGAGGAGCUGAGAUAUAUUGACCCUAGUGCUUAAAGUAAAAGCUAUGGCAGCAAAGUUUAAGUAACAUGUUAAAGACCUAAUGAAUUAACAUGGUCUAAAAACUUCAUUAGAAUCUACAGUACACCUGAGGUUUAUGUCAUACUAUCCAAAACUCACAUGUUUUUGAUUCCAGGUGAGAAAUUCUUGAAAUUUUUGAUUCCAGGUGUACUGAGAAAUACCUGUAUACUAUGUUGAAAUGCAGUAUGUUACACACAUAGUAUGAGAAUCUGAGACCACAGGAGGCAAUGCGGUUAAUGGCAUGUGAGGACUUCAGAUCUAAAGGUUGACAGUCCAAGGUCAUGGUGGCUUGCUAUUGUAAAAGGCAUUUAUCUCAAAAUUGUUCCAUUAAAAUUCCAUGAAACAGAUGAGCUAUGCAACACACAAUGAACUAUAAGUUACAAUUACAAACAACUUUCAGAAACAUUUAAUUCUACAAUAUAAAUCACUUGCUCUACUGAAGGACCAGGCAUAGCAGUAACAACACAUGCUGAAACUGUUCAUUCAAUACUUCUGUGUUUUGAUAAUUUGUGUGAACUCUUGAAAAGAAACAGUCUCUCUCACACACACACACACACACACAC